AUGGCACUCACUUUCCAGGAGCUGCUGAAAGAAGUGAAGAGCUUGAAAGGUCGCAAGAGUCAGUUGCCAUGGCAUCUGCAGCAGGAGCUGUUUUCCCGAGGCGCUGGGAAUGCUGCCAUUGGCACAGCCAAAGAGCUGGGCAUUAUCAUGACGGCCCUGGGCAAAUCCUCGGACAAAGCCUUGGAGCUCCUGCGGCAUCAUCAGCAGAUGCUGCUGCAGCUCGAUGUCAUUGUCUACAACGUGGGAAUCACAGUCUGCCAUGGCUGGACGUGUUCCCUACAGCUGCUGCAUGACAUGUGUAAGCGCCGCAUCUCGCCGGAUGAGGUCACCUACAACAGCCUGAUGAGCGCUUGUAGCGCUGACCGCUGGGAUCUCGCCCUCCAUCUCUUCUGGCAGAGCCGUCAGCGGCUGCCGCAGGUCAGCACCUACCGCUACAACGCCGCCAUUGGCGCCGCGGAACGGGCGGGGCGCUGGGAGUUAGCCCUGCAGCUCCUCGGCACCAUGCGCAGCGCCUUCGACGUGAUCUCCUUCAGCUCCGCCAUCAACGCCGUUGCGAAAGCGGCGACGGCCAGCGUCUGGCGGAGCGCGGUGGAGAUGUGGCGCUGGAUGUUGUCCGAGGCUGUGGAACCCAACAUCAUCACGCACAGCUCUUUGAUCAGUGCACUGGCCAUGGGCCAUGAAUGGCAGAAGGCUCUGCACCAUUUGACCACCAUGCGCUCCACAGCGGUACUUCCCAACCGAAUUACCAACAACAUCGUGUUGCGAUCCUUUGGAAGCAGCAUCAAUUGGCGGUCGGCUCUGAACUUCUUCAGAGAUGCAGUGCGAGACGGCUUGAGGCCCAAGGCCGACACCUAUGCGGCCAUUCUCAGUGUCUGUGAAGCUGCCAGCUCUUGGGUCAGUUUGGAGACUCCAUCAGUGGACGACGCAGAUCUGCGACCCCUGCCUGACCUGGCACAGUUUCACUGCUUGCGGCUGACCGGAUGCAAGAGAUGUCAGCAUCGCCGGGAGGCUGCGCAGGUGCGGGUUGGAAGCUGCUCACCACGGAAGGCUGUGAUGGAUCGCGCUUCGCCCUCCCAAGUGCCGCGUCUGCCAGCUCCGGGUGAUCCUCGCGCCACGCCACGCAGCCCGCACCGCGCCAGGUUGGGCCGGAGGGCGUCUCUCCGGGAGGCGCCGGAGGAAGCGCAGCCAUGUCAGCAGAUGGCGCAGCUGCUGGCAACCUUCACCAAGCGGAUCCAAAGUUUUUUCAUGACUCUGAUGGGCUUUAACCAUCCGCACAUGGAACGCCUGCAGAUUGCCCUACAACAGCAGGUGCAGGUCUUAGCCUCCGGGAUGAUGGAUCUCAUGACGAAGCACAGUGCCUUUCUGUCCCUUCGUUCGGCCAUGAGGGAAGGUAAGUUGUGGGAACGCUUCCGGCAACGCCAUGAAAGCUUGUUCCAACGAGGACAAGAGCUGAAGGACUGCGAAGCAGCCCUCCAUGAGGAGCAGCAGAAGACCGAGAGCCUCAAGGCAUCUGUGACCUCCGUGCAGCAAGUGCUGGAACGAAGUGAUCACGUCAGCAGCAGGGCCGCUGCGCAGGCUAGCCUCUCCGCGAGCUUUCAGCGAUGGCAACGCUUUGCGAGCAACCGGCUGCACAGCCGGAGAGCGGCUUCGUGCGCACAGCAGAUGCAUUGGCCAUGCCGGCAGGCCUUUCAGUUGCAGGCCGCCUUCUUCCAGUGGCACCGCGCCCGCAGCUGCGCAGAUCGCUGGGCCUUGAAGGAGCUGCGGGCGAUGGCAGCGACGGCGGGUGAGGUCACAACAACUGGGCGCCUGGUGGAAGUGGAGAAGGUCAAAGCGUAUCUGCACAGUGCAGAAGCGAGAUCAUCAGAAGUGAAGAUGGCUGCUGCUUUCCUCGCUUGGCGUUUCUCCGUGGCAAGGUCUCGGAACAGAAGCUGGCAGGAACACAGCGAAGACAUGUGCCAAAGCAUGCGCAGCAACAUUCGCCAAAAGAAUUUGAAGUUUUGGUCGCGCCUCAAUGACGCAAACGGAAGACUUGCCUUGAAGGUUGCCCUGAUGCGCUGGAGAGCAGGCUGUGCCUAUUCCGCUGCGGAACGCUGGAGUUCCGAAGCGAAGUUGAAAGUGGCCAUGUGCAGCUGCCAGGUCCUGCGGAGACGGAAAGAAGUGGGACGUGCUCAACUUUGCUUGGCAUAUUGGAACAAGUGGACAGCCCUGUGCAAGGUCAAUCGACCAGAACAGCGGUUUUCGCGUCACGAUCCAGACACUUGUCACGAUCUUCAUUUUCAUUCACGCGCGCCGCGUGACGACCAAGGCGAUCGCAUUCAGCUGCGGGUGGAGCGCACGUUCGAACCCGCUCAGUCAUCUUGGCGGCACAACUAUGAAGCGCACGAAGCGCAGGUAGCAGUUUCGGAGACAGCGCAGUUGGCCUCCAAUUUUGCGACUUUUCACCAGGACCAGGUUAUGAAGCAUUGGUCGCUGGCCAGUCAGGCUUCGCAGUCUGAGGAAGGCUAUUUGAAACUCCGCGACUUCCACCGCGAGCUGCGGCGCCGCGAACGUCUGCACCCGCGUGGUGCAGUACCGCAUGUCACGCCAGACCGCUUCAUGUUGAGCGCAGCCAUGGGAUGCUAUGAAAAGGCCAAGAAGUGGCAACACGUCAUUCAGCUUCUCCACCAGGGGCGCCAAGGCAAGGUGGUACCGGAUUCUGUGAUGUACACGCUUGGGAUCCGUGCUUGUGAAACGGGUCGGCAAUGGCAAGUGGAGCUGAUGCUCUGCCGUUCAGCUCUACGAGACGAUCAAGCAAACGCCCCUGGAAUCACCCACUUGGAUGAGAAGAUCUGUAGUGUCCGGACUUCUUAUGUCCUGACUGAAGGCUUGAAACUGGUGUUGCUUUACUUCUCAGCACGCUGGUGCGGGGCAUGCAUCGAAUUUGACAAUGUCAUCCGAGAUGUGCAGAGUGCGCUGAAGCCAUUCGCUGAAAGCGCUGACAUCGAGUUCGUAUGGAUCUCGUGUGAUCUGUCGGAGGAGUCCUACAAGACGCAUUUGAAACGUUUAGGGAGCUUCCUGGGAGCAAGUUGGUCGCCCAAGCGAUUGCAAGAAGCCAUAGCGCGAUGGGAUUUGAAAGCCAUGCCUUGUCUCCUGGUGAUGGAUGCACAAGAUGGUCGAAUCGUAACCUCCCACGCCCGAAGGGAUGUGGAGGAUGCCUAUGAUGACGAAAUUCGCGGCGGUGGAAAGGGCUACUUGGGAUUGAUCUUGCACUGGUUGGAGCUUCUCGAUGAGCAACGCGCCGCGUUGGACGACGGUCUCCCUAUGCGCAGCGAGGACAGCAGCGACGACGGCAACGGCGAGGAUGGCGAGAGCCAGGGCAGCGAAGAGGAGCUGGGACCGCUGGAGGCCCUGGCCUUGUAUCUGAAGACUGCAGCAGAUGCCAUUUCCUGUGCCGCUAUGCUCAGUGUUUGCGAGAUUUGUCAGAAGUGGGAGUGGGCCCUGCACCUUCUAAAGCAGGUGCAAACCUCUCUACAGCUGGAUGUCACUGCCCACAGCGCUGCCAUCAGCGCAUGUGCCGCCAGCGGCCGGUGGAGAUGGGCCCUGCACUUGUUUGGAGAAAUGUGUCGUGCUGGACCGGCUCUGAAAGCCAGUUUCAUGGCCAUGUCCACCAAGGAAAUGAUCUUCCAAGCUCGGGACGAUGCGAAAGCAACAGUUGAAGCUGGAUACCCAGCUGUGGAGCUGAGACAUCUUCAAGUGCGGCCUAGGCUCAACCUCAAGAGCUAUACCUUGGCGUUGCGUGCCUGCGCGAAAGGGGCUCUUUGGCGCUCAGCCUUGGGCUUGCUACGAGAGGCCGCGGAAGGUCAGGUUGCUUUGGAUGCCACUGCCUAUGCUGCCAGCGUGGACGCUUGUGAAAGCUGUUCUUUGGAGGUCCCAGAUUUGUUGGCUGCGCUGACGGCCAGCAGCGUCAUCUCUUUGGGUGCCUCAAGUCGCAGCAUCCGCAAGAAAGAGAUCUGGGUACAGCGCGGUUUGAGGGUUUCAACUCAUGUUUGGUCAGUAAAUCUCAUCGAAGUCAAAGGGGCGAUUUCUGGAUUUCCAUACUGUUGGAGAAAUACAGAGGGGUCUAGAGAUACUUUGGGUUGGCCAAAUACAGAUACUGGCAUGCAAAUAGAUAUACAUAGGCGAUGGAGAGAGAAAGAGAGAGAGAGAGAGAGAAAGAGAGAGAGAGAGAGUCUUAGAGAAAGGGCAAUAUGGAUCAACAAGAGAUUGACAAAGUAG